AUGAUGCUGAAAACGCCACCGAACCCGCAGGACCCUCGGAGCAACCCGCGGCGGCUCCUGCGCCCAAAGCGAUUUCCCCCCCGAGUUUUUCAGGCUGCCCCUGCAGGGGGAGCUGGGACAGGAGAAGAGGGCGUCAGCCUCUCCUUCCAUGGAGGAGGCAUGGCCCGACAGCUGGGGGCGGGGGCAGCCCGGCUGCCUGUUUCCAAAAUCACCAUUCUUGGGGGGUUGGGGGGCAUUUGUUCGGGGAUUGCCCUUUGGAGGUUGCCAUCCAUCCCGCCCCUCGUGCACCCCAGCAGCGAGGAGCAGGCACAUCUGAAGCGCUACCACUGGAUGUGGAGGGUGGAUCGAUGCUGCUGGGACCAGGGGGAGCUGCGGACUCAGUCGCCACUCCUUGUGCAGGAUCUCCAGGGCUUUUCCUCGUCCUCCAUCAGGCCAAGCCUUGGGAAUAAAAAAUCCUGGUUUGGAAAGACUCAAGGCACAAAAGCAGCACCAGCACCUCCUGGGACUCCCUCUGCUUCCAAAGCGGAGGCCAAAGACAAGGAAGACAGCAGUGAGCUUCCUGCUGCUCUGGGGGACGAUGGUGAACUUCCCUCAGUGCCAGGAGAUGACAGUGAACUUCCCACUGCUCUGGGAGACGAGGGCGAACAUCCCGCGGUGUGGGAAUGCAACGGCGAGGCUCCCGCAGGGUGGGACAAGGACAGGGGGCAUCUCCUGGCAUGGGACGAGGACGGUGGAUGUGCCCUGGUGUGGGACCAGAAUGGCCAAGCUCCCACAGAGUGGGACGAGGACAACGGACAACUCGCAGUGUGGGAUGAGGAAGGAGGACAUCUCCCGGAGUGGGAUGAGGAUGGAGGACAUCCUGUGUCUUGGGAAGAGGAGAGUGAACAUCUCCCAGCAUGGGAAGUGGACAGCAAGGAUCCCCUGGCUUGGAAAGAUGAUGGAGAAGCUGCAGCAUUUUGGGAAGAGGAUGGAGAAGCUGCAGCAUUUUGGGAAGAGGAUGGAGAACCUCCCUCUGCUUGGGAAGAGGACAAUGAAGCUCCCUCCGCUGUGGGAUCCUGGGCUGAACAUCCUGACAGCAGCACAGCCCUGCAGCCAGAGGGGAGAGGGGAGUGGUGCCUGAUGCAGCUGAGUACGUCUGCUCUGUUCCUGGGUGCCCGAGCAGGGAACACCGUGAGCGAGGCGGAGCCUGCCCAGAAAUACCUGGAAGUGGAGGAGAUUGGCCAAGGGGCUUUCGGAACCGUUUACAAAGGACUCGACAGGGUCACUGGAGGAGAGGUGGCCAUCAAGAAAAUGAGUCUCAGAGGGCAGAAUAGGGAACGAGCUGUGAAUGAGAUCCUGCUCCUGAAGGACAAGAAGAACCCCAACAUUGUCAACUUUCUGGACAGCUUCCUUGUUGAUGGAGAUCUCUGGCUGGUGAUGGAAUACAUGGAUGGAGGAACUUUGCAGGACGUUGUCAGACAGAUACGCAUGGCUCAAGGAGAGAUGGCAGCUGUCAGUCGGGAGUGUCUGCAGGGCCUGGAUUUCCUCCAUUCCAAGCGGGUGAUCCACAGGGAUCUGAAGAGCUCCAACAUCCUCCUGGGCACGGACGGCUCUGUCAGGCUGGCUGAUUUUGGCCUCUGCGCUCAGCUCAGCCCUAAGCAGGACCAGUGCAGCUCCAUGGUGGGCACUGCUCACUGGAUGGCCCCAGAAGUUGUGACCAGAUCUCCUUAUGGCCCCAAGGUGGACAUCUGGGCCUUUAGAAUUGUGACCAUCGAGAUGGUGGAAGGAGAACCUCCUUACUUCAGGGAAACGGCGGCCAUGGCUCGCGCUCUGAUCCGGCAGAACGGGACCCCGCAGCUGCAGGAGCCCCGGCGCCUGUCGGCUCUGCUGCGGGACUUCCUCGAGUGCAGCCUGGAGACGGACGAGGAGCGGCGCUGGGCUGCCCAGGAGCUG